AUGGCAAUAAAAAUAGCCCUGGAAUUUGGACAUACGUCGAUGUUAAGAGCAAGGACUACUCCUGAAGGAUAUACUCACGAUUGGGACCUGUAUGUUCGGGGUGCUGACAACGCGGACAUAAGCCAGUAUGUUAAGAAAGUUGUCUUUGUCCUCCACGAUACUUUCUCGAAUCCUAAGCGGACUGUCAAAAACCCGCCGUAUUCAUUAAAAGAGUCUGGAUACGCUGGAUUUAUAUUGCCAAUUGUUAUUCAUUUGAAGAAUAAUGACGAACCCAAGAAAAUAGAGGUUCAGUAUGAUUUGACGCUCCAAGAUUGUGGACCACCUUUGAACAGUGUUUUGACACAUACAGAAUUGUUUUUCACUCCGUCGGAUGAAUUUCGAAGGAAAUUGUUAAAAGGCGGUGGAAUUUUAGUCCCAGCUACUGAAGAGGGACAUGAUAAAAGUGAAUCAAAAGUAUCUGUACCGAUGGUUGGAAAGCCUAAACUGAGUGGUAGUGAUACCAAAAAACAUCGUGUUUCAGAGCCAAAAACAGUGUUUGCAGAUUUAUUCGGCGUUCCAAUAAAAACAUCAAAAGUAUCACCGGAAAAUAAAAGCAAGACUGGCGAAAAGACGAGUUAUCAAAAAUUACCACCUGAUAAAUCGGAAAAAAAUGAGAGUAAGGCUGCUAAAACAAAACACAGUCCUCACAAGGACGGUAAACGUGAUAAAAAUAACAGUGAAGAGAAAGAGAAGAAAGACAAAAAAGGUAAAGACGUAACGAGGGAUAAAGAGCGUAGUAAAGAGAAGAGCAAGCGACCUCCUAGUCCGGUAAGUAGUAAAAAUAGUCAUGCGAGUCCUAGUAGUAAAAGGCCUCCCUCGCCAGCGGCUCCAGCUGUUAAAAAGCAACAGCUCAGCCCACCUGAUUCUGGAAGCGCGCAAAAGUCGUCUUCUUCACCUAAAAUACGUGAGAAAGACCACAAGAAAUUGGCGACGGAGAAAGAGAGCAGUAAAGAUAAGGAUAAAGUUAAAGAGGCUCCAAAGAGCAGUAGCAGCAGCGGUGGUACCAAUGCUGGCUCGCUCGAGGAAUUGAAAAACGAUAAAAAGAAGAAGAAAUAUAAAGAUGAAAAAGAUCCCGAGCGUAAGGAUAAAACGCGUGAUAAAGAUCGUGAUAAAGUUAAAGAACCAAAGAGUUCUGAUAGCAAAAAGAGUCUCGAUAAAGUGGAUAAGCAUGAUAAGACGGAGAAAGAUAAACCUCAGGAGAGCAAGCAGCUGAAAGACGGAAAAAAAUCGCCCAAACCUGUUAAGGAGGAUCGAAGCAAUUCCAAGUCCAGGAGCGAUAAGCCACCGGAGGUUGUUGAGAAGGUCAAAGAUCCACGCAGUGACAAGGAUCGUCAGAAGCACAAGCAUCGGAAGAAGGAGAAGAAAGAAAGGACUGAUGAUAGUCGCGAACGCGAAAGAAAAGAUAAAAGGGACAAGAAAAAUUAUGAAAAAGAAUCCGCUCCUGUUACGAGUAACCCUCCGCAGACAAAUUCCGCGAUUCCCGAAACUCACGAUCGUGAUCGUGAUAAUAGUAGUGACUCUGCGAAUUCUGGGGAUGAGGAAGACUCGAAGACGAUUUUGAACACUAAAAUUGAGCCGGAGACUGUCAAAAAUAAUACUGAGAGCCAGCAGCGACCUGCCAGGCCGUUAUCGCCGGGCUCUGAUCAUGUGAAACGUGAGCGCAGUGAUAAGGUGAAAAAGGAAAAAUUAAAGCCUGUUAGAGGCAGCAAUGCGACAGGUAGCACUGCUGUUGGGGGUGGUGGUACUGGGGGUAAUAAUGGUAAUGAAGAAAGAGACAAUAGGAAGAGAAAAAGACGCAGUGACAGCAAAGGCGAAGAGGAAGUUCCGGCAAAACGUGAAAAAGACACGGGAUUUUCGCCACCAUUAGAACCCGUUUCUUCCAGCCAGUCACCGGUAACUAUCGAAAUGACAGCCGGGUACACGGCUGCUAAAGAACUGCCCGAAGAAAUGGAAACUGUUAAACAAGAAUUUGAGCAUGAGAGCGAACAAAUAGCCCCAGAUUCUACCAACAGCGUGCUAAUUGAGUCGGAAACUGACGAGCCGCUGGUAUUCUCUGAAGAUUAUGUCUCUCAGCUUAAAGACUUGCAACAAAAAAUAAUGACUCUGCAGGACAAUCAGGAGUUACAACGUGUUGUUCAAGUUAUUGCGGCCACGGGACAGUAUGAAAUCACACGUAAAACGUUUGACUUUGAUCUUUGCGCUUUAGAUCGGAGGACAGUACAACGUUUGCAGCAAUUUUUCUCGGCGUCUUGA